AUGGACAAGCUUGUCAUAGGGCUCCUGGGGACCCUUGGUACGAUCCCUGGGGUCGGCGCUUCCCCUGGGAGCUCCGCUGUCCGUGACAUGGCCCCAGUGGACUCCACUGCUCCUGAGAGGGUCUCUGGGAGCGCUGCUGUCCCAGGGAGAGCCCCGGGAAGCGCCGCCGUCCCUGGCAGGGUUCCUGGGAGCAUUGCUGUCUCUGGGAGGGGUCCUGUGAGUGCCGAUGACCCUCAGAGAGCCCCUGGGGGCGCCAGUGCCCCUAGCAGGGCCCUUAGGUGUGCCAGCGCCCCUGGCAGGGCACUUGCAUUCGCCAACGCCUCUGGCAGGGCUCGUGGAGGCGCUUCCGUCCCUGAGAGGACCGCUGUGUCUCAAGGGCCCCUGGGGGCGCCGCUGUCCCUGGGAGCAUCGCUGUCGCUGGGAGAAUCCCUGGGAGCGCCACUGCCCCUGGCAAGGUGCCUGCGAGUGCCAGUGUUUGUGAUAGGGCCCCUGAGGGCGCUGCUGUCCCUAGAAGGAACCCUUGGAGCACCGCUGUCCAUGGGAGAGCCCCUGGUGGCGCCAGAGCCCCUGGCAAGGCCUCUGAGGGCCCCACCAUCUCUGGCAAGGCCCCAGGGGACGCCAAUGCCCCUUGCAGGACCCCUGGGAGUCGGCGGCAAAACCUGGGGUCCUCCCAGGAGCGACGGCGCCCUCCUUAGUGGCUACAGCGCCCCCAGGGGCUCUCCUAAGGGGCAGCACCGCAGGGGUUUCCUAGAAGUGGGGGCGCUUACAGGGGCCCACCCAGGGGUAGUGUCGUCCCCAGGGGCCCUCUCGGGUGCACUCCCAGGGGCGGUGGUGCCCCAAGAGGCCUUUACAGGGACAGUGGCGCCCUCAGGGGCCCUCCUAGGGGCGGUGGUAUUCACAGUGUUACUCCCAAAGGCGGUGGAGCCCCCAGGGGACUUCCCGAUGGCGCCUUCAGGGGCGACGGCGCCCCCAGGGGCCUUCCCAGUGGCGCCCAAAAGGACGUCUGAGACCCCAGGGUCCUUCCCAGUGGCGCCCAAAAGGGCAUCUGAGACCCCAGGGUCCCUUCCAUGA